AUGACAACAAUAACCCCAGCCCUCAACCUCACCCACCUAUUCACCUCCCUCCCCCAAAAACAAUGGACCCUCCUCCGCGUCCUCAAAAGCGCAAACCCGCACGACAUCAACGGCAACCUGCACGGCACCGCAUCCUUCACUCCUCUUGACACCACCACCGCACAACCACAAUCUCCCCCGCAGCGCCAACUCCUCUAUACCGAGACCGGCACCCUCCCCGCACAUAUCGGUCAUAAUCUGCAAUGGAAGAAGUCUUAUAUUUGGAGGUUAUCAACUCCAUCUACAUCUACAGUCAAGGAUGAUUUGUCAGUGUGGUUUGUGAAAGUAGGGGAUGAGAAGGUCGCGGAUUAUUUGUUUCAUGGGAUGGAGUUUCAUACGGAUACAUCAGAUACAUCUACCAGUGGGGAAGGGGAAGGGGAAGAGGAUGAUGAGUAUGUGAGUGCGCCGGUGCCGCCAGCUGCUGGGGGAGAGACGGUGGUGGUUACGGCGAGGGGAAAUCAUCUCUGUAUUAAUGAUAUGUAUCGCACGGCGUAUGCGUUUCGGGUGCUGAAGGGGGAUGGGGGUGGGGGAUGGGAUUGGGGAGGUGGUUAG